AGAGAGAGAGAGAGUGAGAGAAAGAGAGAGAGGAGAAGGAGGAGGGAGGACAGAUCGGACAGAGGCACACAGCGGGAGCUCCUCCUGCACUGAGGAUGCUCCUCUCCUCCUGACCGCCGCCUCAGGACCCACUUUGACGGAACGCAGCGCCACAGCCCAGACCGAGCCUCUCCUCAGCCUCAGCCUCUCCUCAGCCUCAGCCUCUCCUCAGCCUCAGCCUCAGCCUCAGCUAUCUCCCGGACCGGCUCCUCAUCGCCAUGCCGCCAGCCGGACCAUCGGUGGGUCCCAGCGUGUCCACGGCGCUGUGGGUGGUUCUGCUGUGGAGCAGCGUGUCUGCAGAAGGACCAGAUAAGGAACCCCCCACGGCCUCCUCCUCUACCCACUCUCCAGCGGUAACACAGGAAGUCAACCCCAAAGGCAAAAGCUCUGUUUUUGUGGCAGGAGGUUCGCUACAAUCAGUGCUGGCUCAAAAAGGUCGACUUCUCUCUCAAACAGGGGGGAGCCUUCCCUCUGCUUUGCCCCAGAAUUUGCUCCCGCUUUUGGGUAGAGGACUGAGUGUCAGCUACCUUCCUGGAAAUCCUUCCCGGGAGCAUCAAAGUGGGGGGUUAUUGAAGAGGAUAAACCCCCCAGUAACAGCGACAAUGUCAGGCCAAGACAGUGAUCCAAUACACUCCCAGCUGCCUCACAGUCAGAUACACACGGCUGUGCAUAAGACAGAGGUCACCACGGUCAGCACGCUGCUGGAGAUGGACACCGAGACUGAACCAAGUUCAUCAGCUGUGUCGAGCUGCACGGUGAAUUUCUCUGACCCAGAAGGCUACAUCGACUCUUCUGAUGACCCCCCUCUGCCAGACGGCACUUUCUUACAGUGCACCUACACGGUGACGGUGUACACAGGCUACGGCGUGGAACUGCAGGUGAAGAGCGUUAACCUGACUGAGGGUGAGCAACUGUCUAUCCGAGGUGUGGAUAACAAAGGUGCCCUGGUGGUUCUGGCCAACCAAACCCUUCUGGUUGAAGGCCAAGUGAUACGCAGCCCCACCAACAUGCUGAUCGUCUUCUACCGCUCCACACCCGAGGGAAGCACGGGCAUCUUCCAGCUACACUAUCAGAUCUUCAGGCUGAGCUGCUCUCUGCCAAAGAGGCCUCAUUUUGGUGAAGUGUCUGUGUUGGACCUGCUGCCUGGGGGUACUGCCCGCUUUCACUGCCACAUGGGCUACCACCUGCAGGGGGAGCCACUGCUCACCUGUGUCAAUGCUUCUCUGCCUAUGUGGAACAGCAAGGAGCCCAUCUGCAGGGCUCUUUGUGGAGGCUCAGUAAAGAAUGCAACAAUGGGAAGAGUGCUCUCCCCUUCUCCCCACCAUGGGCCAAAUGCUACCCAUGACCGCUCCUGUUCCUGGUCUCUUGAGGCACCCAAAGACCAGAGGAUACACCUCCACCUGGAGAGACUUACUUUGGGACCCACUGACAGGCUGGUGCUUUGGAGUGGUCUGGAUGCCGGUUCUGUGGUGCUCUUUGACUCGGGUCGGGGUGGGCAAAUACCUUUUGAAGGAGUGAUCAGUGAGGGUCCAGCUGUGAGGAUUCAAUUCAUCACUGAUCAGCCCAAUCACAACACAGGAUUUAACAUCCGCUAUGAAGCUUUUGAGCGGGGCCACUGCUACGAGCCGUACCUCCAGAACGGAAACUUCACCACGUCUGAUCCAUCCUACGGGGUUGGUGCCAUAGUCCAGUUUAGCUGCGACCCCGGUCACGCUUUAGAACAAGGACCUCCGGUUAUCGAGUGCAUCAGUGCACGAGAUCCAUACUGGAACGACACAGAGCCGCUGUGCAAAGCACAGUGUGGAGGGGACCUGACUGGUCCCGCUGGGGUGAUUCUCUCUCCAAACUGGCCAGAGUGGUACGGAGAGGGAGAGGACUGCAGCUGGAGGAUCCACAUAGGAGAAGACAAACGAGUGCUGCUUGAUGUACAACUACUGAACAUCAGUGACAGUGAUAUGCUGACCAUCAUUGACGGCGAUGAGGUCACCACUCAUAUCUUGGGACGGUACGUCGGAGGAAGCAGCCCCUUCAAACUGGCCUCCACUACCCCUGACCUGACAGUCACCUUCCACUCUGACCCGGCGGGGCUCGUCUUCGGCAAGGGCGAGGGUUUCAUCAUCAAUUACAUGGAGGUGUCCCGAAAUGACUCCUGUCCAGACCUGCCUGAGAUCCAGAACGGCUGGAAGACAACGUCCCAUGUUGCGUUGGUGCGGGGGGCUCGUAUCACUUACCAGUGUGAUCCCGGUUAUGACCUGGUGGGACGGGAGACCCUCACGUGUCAGUUGGACCUCUACUGGAGCUCACAGCCCCCAUUCUGUGAAAAGAUCAUGUACUGCUCGGAUCCCGGCCAUGUGGAGCACUCCACCAGGUCUCUGUCAGACUCCAAACUCCUAGUGGGUACAACCAUUCAGUACAGCUGCAGUCCUGGAUUCGUCCUCCAGGGUGGCGCCACUAUCACCUGCUAUGGCCGCGAGCCGGGAACCCCUGUGUGGACGUCCCGCCUUCCUCACUGUGUCUCUGAGGAGUCUGUUUCCUGUGAGAACCCCGGUCUCCCUGACAACGGCUACCAGAUUCUGUCAAAGCGGCUUUACCUGCCUGGAGAGUCGCUCACCUUUGUCUGUUACCAGGGUUAUGAGCUCAUUGGCGAAGUCGCAAUUAAGUGCAUCCUUGGAAAUCCAUCGUUUUGGAGUGGACCGCUGCCUCUGUGCAGAGCCAACCAUGAGUGCUUUGGCAACCAUGCAUUGGAAGUUGCAGAAGUGACUGCAGUCUCCAGCCUGGAUGGAGGAAACAUCGGUCUGGCCAUCGUCAUCUUCAUCCUCCUGCUGUCCGUGCUGUUGGGAGGUUCUUAUGUCUAUGUUACACGGUGCCGAUAUCACUCCAACUUAAGGCUGCCUCUUAUUUACCCCCAUCCUUACCGACAGAUCACUGUGGAGACAGAAAUUGACAACCCACUCUAUGAGACAGGAGGGGACACUCGUGAAUAUGAAGUAUCAAUAUGAGAUGCUUCAUGAAGACAUUUCUACACCAAGACCGACCGCCCUGUCCCAACUCUCCAUCCUCUCCUCCUUCCUUCUCUGCCCAGCAGGAGGCGUUGUAAAUACAAACACAUGAUGUCCAGUGGUUGAUCCUGUUCUCUCCUGCUUCGGCACCUUCACGAUGGUAGCAAGAGAAGAUACAUAAAUCGGGUGGACUGAUGUGAUGUGGAAAUGAUGUUAAGGAGGAGAGAAGGGGAAGGAAGCAGUGUGGGGAGAAUGAGAAAUUAUCCUGCUUUUGUCAAACUUCAGUAGUCAGUAAUUUAGCGACAUUAAGUAGGCAAGUGGAAGAAAAAAAUCAGAACUGUGAAAAGAAGAGUAGCAAGUGCAGGAAG